CAAACAGCAGAGAAGGAGCGGCACGCCGUGCAGGAUCAACACGCACACACACGCGCGCGCACACGUACACAACAAAUCGUAAAAUCACAGACACUGUAGCGUGUGUGUCUGUCUGUGUGUGUGUUUUAAAUAAACAUUCUUGUAAGUGACAAAGAACCGAGUUGCGGCAGCGAGAGAAGUCAUCCAUCUGCAAUCAGGAGGGUUUGAGGAAACGGCAAACCGAGUCAUCAUGUGAAAGAACUUGUGGGAAACGGACAAAAGGGCUGGAGUACGAGCAGAAUAGGACGGAAAAGGGACGCCCUCCCCACGCUCCACCAACCUGCCAAUCAUCUCUCUGACCUCGCACCUUUCUAACUGAUAGUGAUGUAGAUGUGUCCGUCUGCUGCUCGUGGAUAAAUGAUCACUAAUCAGCCAAAGAAGAUGAAGGACAAUUUUGGCGUGAGCGGAAUGUCCGUGGAUGAGAAGUCUGAAGCCCCCAUGUAUGUGUAUGAGUCAACAGUUCAUUGUACCAAUAUCCUCCUCUGCCUCAACGACCAGCGGAAGCAGGAUAUCCUGUGUGAUGUGACUGUCCUGGUGGAAGGCAAGGAAUUCCGAGGACAUCGGGCUGUGCUGGCUGCGUGCAGCGAGUAUUUCCUCCAGGCGUUGGUGGGCCAGGCAGAGAAUGGCUUGGUUGUUAGCCUUCCUGAAGAGGUCACUGCCAGAGGAUUCGCCCCAUUGUUGCAGUUUGCCUACACUGCUAAGCUGUUACUCAGCAGAGAAAACAUUCAGGAGGUCAUCCGCUGUGCUGAAUUCCUGCGCAUGCACAACCUCGAGGACUCAUGCUUUCGCUUCCUGGAAGCUCAGCUGCGCAGUGAGGAGGACGGCUUGCUGCUUUGCCACAAGGUGGCAGGAGAAGUAAAUAACUUGGAGGAUGAGAACAUGCAAUCAGAAGCAGAAAGGCCCACCUCCCCCAUGGCCCGACAUUGUGCAGAUGCCCUUACUUCGUGUCGAGACCCCGACAACGAUCGGCUAACGAUGGCUAUGCCUGGUAACUUCACAGAUAGCCGGCCAGAUUUCGAUCGCCAUGGAGCAUCGGAUCUGCCGCGAUGCCCCAAGUACCGGAAAUACCAGUGGGCUUGCAACAAGCACAAUAAUGACUCCUCCUCACAUACCAGUACCUCAGGUUUUCCAAGCACAUUAAAGGAGACCACCAUUAGUGGGGCAGUGGCAAAUCAGGGCACACUGCCUUUGGCACAGAUCAAAGUGGAACCACAGGCAGAGGAAGAGGCCAUUCCUUUGUGCCUGUCAGGGGAUGAGCAGGACGCCAGGGAUACGGAUGUCAUAACAGCCAUGGAGAUGGAUAACCCUAUAUCUGUAGAAAGAACCAAGAGACCCAAGUCCCCUUCCUGCCUGCGAGCCUUCUUCAAGAAAGGAGUUGACAUCUCCAGUCUGCCCAACACGUCACAGCAGCUAUUCGCCAACAGACUUAUCUGCCCACAGGACAAAGGAAACUCUCAGGGAGAUCAUACAAAAGACUUAGGCCCUUUCACUGGGGAGGUGGCUCUAUCUGUUGCAUCCCCAAAAGAGGUGGAUGGUUUUCCUGCUAGUUUGUCCCACAAAUCAACUUCCUGCGAUGGGGUUUGCAAACAGGAAGUUGAAAUCGACCGCCGCAGUGUCAUAUUUUCCUCAGGGGCUUGCAAUCGCCUGGGAAACCCAGCGCAUUCCUACCCUGUUGGGAACUCUUUGGAGAUUGAGCUCUCUGAGCACAUGACAAAGGGGCUGUGGGCUGGAGCUAGCCAUUCCCUACCCACCUCCCAGUCCUAUUGUCCCAGCACCACUUCUUCUGAGCCCCAAGUCCUGUGCCGCCCUAGGCCCAACACCAGCUGCCCAGUGCCAAUCAAAGUAUGCCCGCGCUCACCGCCUUGUGAGACUCGCACCAGAACUUCCAGCUCCUGCUCCUCAUACUCCUACGCAGAGGAUGGCAGCGGAGGGUCUCCCUGCAGCCUGCCCCAGUUUGAGUUUUCUUCUUCGCCAUGCUCUAAUGUGGCUCGCUGUCUCAAUGUGGACCAGCAGGAGCAAAGUGUAGGAGGGGAGGUUGUUUUUAACCAGGUGAGGCCCAAGAUCAAAUGUGAGCAGUCCUAUGGCACCAACUCUAGUGACGAGUCGGGCUCCUUUUCAGAGGGAGACAGCGAGUCCUGCCACGUGCAGGAGCAAGGAUCAGAGGUCAAGCUUCCUUUUCCUGUAGAUCAAAUCACAAAUCUUCCAAGGAAUGACUUCCAAAUGCUGGUGAAAAUGCACAAACUGACUUCAGAGCAACUUGAGUUUAUUCAUGACAUCAGGCGGCGGAGUAAGAACCGCAUCGCAGCACAGCGUUGUCGCAAGAGGAAGCUCGACUGCAUCCUCAACUUGGAGUGCGAGAUCAGAAAGCUGGUGUGUGAGAAGGAGAAGUUGCUGACUGAGAGGAACCAGCUAAAGGCAUGUAUGGGUGAGUUGUGGGAGAACUUCUCCUGCCUGUCACAGGAGGUGUGCAGGGAUGUUCAGCUCAGCCCCGAGCAGGUCCAGUCGUUACACCACUACUGUCCCAUGCUGCGCCCCGCCAUCUCCACUGCCAGCAACAACACUGCCCACGAGCCCAAGGCCUCCCUCAGCACCAACACCACCACCAGCAUUGACCUCACCACCCACUCGGGCUCAGCCACACCAGAACCAACCUUUCACGGUUCACCCGGGCCCUCGGAGAGCGACCCUGACGUGGCUGUCAGAAACAGGGCAGACAAAGAUACAAACGGCCAAGACGCCACCAGCUUGUAUACAAAGUCAGGGCCACCGGUGGAAAAAUCCAACCAGACGGUAACGGUGGAUUUUUGCCAGGAAAUGACUGACAAAUGUACAACUGACGAGCAGCCGAGGAAGGACUGUACUCAGUAGUGGUCGUUCUCUGUUUUGUUUUCUUUUUCAUUAUUUAAUUUUGCUCUUCUGACAAACCCUCUCUCAGGGUUGUUGAGACAGUCAGCAUCUGCCAGUGUUCAGUGAAAAACAAGCUUUGUUUGUAUUUAUAUCUUUUUUGACGGUCGACACUAAAGUUGUCUUAACAACAGCAAUACUGUUCUCCAGGAAUUCUCCUAUUACCGUGACAGAGUGGAACUUCUCACCAAACCCUUACGAUGGUGCUAUACUUGCCCCGGCAGCAACCUCUACAGUGGAGACUUUGUUCUUCAUGUGUCACACAUCACAACUCAAAGUCAAACCUCAUUGGACCUAAACUGCAGCUCGCUUUGUCUCUCUGCAUACCAGCAGUAUGUCAGUUCCUGCCUUUGUCUUUUCCUCUUCUCUCCUUGCCACUCUGUCUCUCUCAAUCUCUUC